GCUGUGUGGAGCACACCAGAGUCCAGACUUAAGAUGUAGAUCUGCGGUCACGCAACAAGGAUUCGAAACGUGUUCUUUUAAAAAAAAAAUAAAACGAGCUUUAAUGUUAAGUCAAAGCCAACACAGGCACAGAGUCCACAAUGAAAUGCAGUGGAAUUGUUGCUGUUUUCAUUUGUUCUUAAUUGCAGGGGCGGGGGGAAACCCGUCACCGUACAGGAGCUAAUCUUAUGCAACCUUUUGGACAGAUUCAUGUCAAGUUGACAGCGGAUCAAUAGUUUGGGAAAUUAGCCGGACGUAUUUUUAGGGAAAAUUAGGCGAAGCUUGUGUCGCCUUGGUCUCACAGGUAAAUCUAAAGACGGACUACUGUGAUUUCAGAGAGUUUCGUUACAAUGGACUGUAAAUAAGAAGGUAAAAAAACACACCUAAGCUGAACAUUUAAUGGUAAGCCACUAAGACGCUACACUCAAUCACCGAAACCAUGGCAUCUACUUUCAUCAUUUACCUGGCCACAUUGUUGUGGUCGUCUGCAGUCAUUCUGGCAGAGUCUGAGCCGGCCAGGUGUGUGGUGCAGUAUGACAAGGAGUCACCGUGUCUGCAGAAGACUAUGUGCCCAGAGGAUGGAAUGGCGGUGAUGGUUGACCACGUGGUGGUCAGCGAAAUGACAGAGUGUGCUCCAAAUGGCUACAUAAGAACAGCCUCUUCCGAUAUCGACCUGGACAAGGUCCUCGUCAGCACCAUCCGGCGGGAAUGCAACGGAAAGAGGACCUGUGACCUGCAGGAGUCAUUAAAGAACAGGUUUACAGUAAGCUGUGAUAGGCCAAAAUCUUUCGAGGCUGAUGCGAUAGACAUUCGGCAUUACUGUAGACCCUUUGGACUCAACCAUACGGCAGUCUAUGACAUGGGAUCGAACCAAAAUCUUAACGUCAAAGACCAAACAUUCUAUCUGGUACUGGACUCUCCUUCAAUGGAUACAAACCGGACUUGCAUUAUCAGAGGUGACCGGACCGGUUUCAAUUUUCUGUUACUGCACGUGGACAUGGAAACACCCAGCUACUGCAGAUUUCAAAAUGGCCGCUCGUGUUCAGAAAUUUUGUCUAUUGUCGGCGAUGGGAAAAGACUUGUAACGUAUACUCAUAAAACCCAGCCGGAAGUACUGCAAUCUUAUAAAGUCAAUGAAACUGUCAACUUGCAUGUUACGAGUGGUCCUGGGUUGCUGUGGAUAGAGCUGACAGGAAUCCAGAGCUCAGUGCUUCUGACCUGCGAAGGGGCCAGCAGAGAGGAAUCGACGACCACGGCCACCGCCACCACCACCACAACAACACCAACCACGACAACACCUACCACUCCAGUGGUGACCACCAACACACCGUUAAGUGACAUUACCACACCCACAACAACGACCUCAAAUGCAACAAUGAUAAAACCCUGGGAUGGGCUACAUCCAAGUGUUCUGACAUUGAUUAUUCUGGUUACUGUCAUUGCUGCUGGACUCUUCAUAUCACUGGGAUUCAAUAUUUUCUACGUACGGAAAUCUCGUAGACUCAGAGUCUUAGCUAAUGAGAACAUGUACAGCUACCCGGAACAACGAGGCUGCGGCUCCUACACAUACAGUGGAUUAGACGACGAAGCCCCCCCAACGCCUGCCCGCAAUGGUGAAGAAUAUCUGGAAAUAAAAGACUAUUACACCACGGAGUAUCUGGAUGUCGAACACAAGGAAUACAACAUACCGCAGGACGCUGGUCACAGGCCUCUUACUUCAGGACAAUGGUCACUGGAUCAUAACAACUCGCUUCAAUCUGUGACAGACAAUGCCGAUUACUAGACAUGGUAGUAACGAGAUGGCAAGGACUACCACGUGACAGUGGCCAACCGUUACACCGUGUGACAGAUAACGCCCACUACUAACAAUGUGGAGCACCAGGGUUUGAACCUUGGGGAACCAAUGAUAACUAAAGCAUCAUCACUCGUUCGACUCCGUGACAUUAAUUAACAGAUGUCCAGGAAACGCUUUGAGUUGACGGACAUGCAACUGCAGGACACUUCUUGCUCACUCUCCAGUCCAUCGAAGAGAAUUCAAACUAGCCAUUCCAGUAAUCAGAGGUGUGGUGGCUGAGGGGUAAAGCGCUUGGCUUUCCGAACCGGGUGGGGAAGUCCUAGGUUCGAAUCUUGGUGAAGACUGAUUUUUAAUUUCGGAAUCUAUAGCCCCAUGAGUCCACCCAGCUCUCAUGGAUACCUUACCUUAGUUUGGUAAAAUUGAAGGCGGUUGUUCGUUGUGCUGGCCACAUGACACCCUGUAAACCACUAAAAGGGAUGGCAUUUACAUCAUAUGGCCCAUAGAUCGAAACUUUACUUUACUUUUCCCAGUAAUCACUGGCUUCAAUUCUUUGAAUGAAAAAAAGUUUGCUGUUUUCAUUCCAGAAAAUAUAUUGCAAAGAGACAAACUUUGAGUCCGAAAAUUCAGAAAGAUUGUACUUUUCAUGUGAAUCAAAGACCAACUUUUAGCAUAUACAUUCUGACACAUCGAAAGACAAGUCUCUUGUGCACUGCACUGGAGAUAUAAUCCAAGACGCUUAAAAAGAAUGCAAAAUACCCUUUAUUCGAGAUGUAAUUACAAUGAAUGGAGUAAAUCAAUAACACUUCACACGCCUGCUGUCAAUACUUACUGAACAAAAGUACUCUCCCUCUCAAGUUAAAGUAGCAUCCGGGUGGGUAAAAUUAUUAUAUUGUAAAAGUAAAGAAUACAUACCAUAUAUAUGACCUAUUUUAAUGGAAGAGGCCAAUCUCAUUAGCGACUUUGUACGCUCGAUGGAUAAAAUAAAAUAAUGGACUAGCUAGUCAAAAGCAUUUGGCUUUCUGUGGGAUGUUUGUAUGUGUCUGCACAGCAUAUCGCUUGACUUGACUGGGACGACUUAUACAUAUAACGAAUGAAUGAAAUAUAGAUCAAGAUUGUGGUAAUAAACUAAUUAAUACUAAAAUUUAGCAUGCUUGGAAAAAUUUCGAAUUGCGGGAUCUUUAGGGCUCCUCUGAGUUCACCCAGCCUCUAAUGGGUACCUGACAUUAGUUGGGGAAAAGUAAAGGCGGUUGGUCAUUGUGCUGGCCACAUGACACCCUCGUUAACCGCUGGCCAUAGAAACAGAUGACCUUUAUAUCAUCUGCCUUAUAGAUCGCAAGGUCUGAAAGGAGAAAUUUACUUUUUUUCUAUAGAGAAAUCGGCAAGCUUUUUUCACUGCUUCAAAGUUUAGCAAUGGAAAAAAUGUUUCUUUGGCCACUUGUUAGGUUAGCCAUGAAAAAUUGUGGUGCAGCCUUAGUUUGGAAUUAUAAUUUUGAAGCUUGUGAGCUGAAAUCUUCAUUGCCAGGUCGACUAUCAAAAGUGUUGAAUGUGAAAUUCAGCCGCUCCAGCUCACACUACUUUAUUAUGAACGAUUCCUAAAUGUUGGUAUACAGUCUCUUCACACAGACCUCAGCUUUGUGUGUUUUCUAUCCAAUACCAACUUUUGCAACUCUUUUCACUAAAAACUGUUUAUAACAAAUGUUGUUGAUAGAAUUAUAAAAUCUCCCAACAAUAAAUGUGAAAACAACACAUUGUAUUUUUGUUAUUCAACGUUCAACUUGACUUUUUUUGUUGCAAUGCAUUGUUGUAUAUUUAUAAUUAUUUGUUUCCUUACUAAUUCCCUACCAUUUUUUUAAAUUGUGAAGUCAAAAAAUGCGCUUAUUUUUAUCAAGUUGUUACAACUGAAACAAAUUUAUAUUAUUUUUAUUUGUUAAUGUGAUGUUAACGUGUAUAAGGUCAAUGAUGGCUUACUAUUUGGUCACGUGGCAUGUGCUACGGACUGUCGUCAAGAUAGUUAUGAGUAUGAGUCCUGGCUUUGGACAUCCCAUACUGUCCAGCACUACCUUUGGUUGAAAACUAAGCUCUAGUUUUAAAGGAACGCCACGUUAUUUUUUAUCUCAAGAAAGUUGACCACAAAUCACAAAUCUCAAGAAAGUUUACCACAAAUUCAAGAAAGUUGACCACAAAUCUCAAGAAAGUUGGCCACAGAUCUCAAGAAAGGUGUCCAAAGAUCUCAAGAAAUGUGUCCAAAGAUCUCAAGAUAGGUGGCCACAAAUCUUAAGAAAGAUGGCCACAAAUCUCAAGUAAGGUGGCCACAAAUCUCAAGAAAUGUGUCCAAAGAUCUCAAGUAAGGUGGCCACAAAUCUCAAGAAAUGUGUCCAAGAUCUCAAGAAAUGUGUCCAAAGAUCUCAAGAAAUGUGUCCAAAGAUCUCAAGAAAUGUGUCUAAAGAUCUCAAGAAAGGUGGCCACAAAUCUCAAGAAAUGUGUCCAAAGAUCUCAAGAAAGGUGGCGACAAAUCUCAAGAAAUGUGUCCAAAGAUCUCAAGAAACGUAAUCAGAGAUCUCAACAAUAAUUAUGGCCAAAUAGUUAAAGAAAGUUGGCCUGAGAUCUCAAGAUAAGUUGUCCAAAAAUUUCAAGUAAGUUAACCAGAAAUUUCGAGAAAGUUAGCCAGAAAUUUCAAGAAAGUUGGCCAGAAAUUUUAAGAAAGUGGUCCAGAUAUCCUAGAGAGUUUGGGUUCUGAAGUAUCUGCAAAGUUUCAACUAUUUUGUUUUUUAUGACUGUACAUUGUAUUUUCUAAAGUGUGAGAUUAGGAUACUAUAACUUUAUAUUCAUUUUGAAAUUUUGUCGGCCUCUUUUAAAACCCAAAAUUGCAAAGUUUCUGUUAAACUCUUUCACUUGAAUCCUUUUUUUUAAUAUACUUCACGAAAACUGGAGUGAAAAAAAUGUUAGAAAAAACGUCAGGGGGCUUGACCGACCAUUUUUAUACACUAGUGCGGGUGGCAUGUGACCGAGAUUUUAAAACUUGGGUUACUACAUAAACCCAUACACAUUAGAUGUAGCCUAAAUGUUAAUGGAAUGUAAAAAAAAAAAAAAAAAAAUUUCGUAUUUACGUUUCUGUACUUUUAGUGUUGACUGUUUACCUUUUUUACUUGUAUUAUCAGUAUUAUUUGUUUCUCUCCUACGGCAGCUGGAUAAAACUGUUUGUAUUUUGAACAAAAUGGACUUAUCAUUUAUGAUAAGUCUUAUGCUAAUAUAUAGGAUAAUUAGCCGCUUGUUGAUUUGUAUUUCUUCACAAAGCAUAAAAAAUAAAAUUGGAUUUAUAUUUUA